GGGCCUAUCAAUGUGCUAAAUGCGGUUCUGAGCAUGGUGUGCCCUUUAAAUGCCAGCAGUGUUCCUUCACGUGUUGCAACAAAUGUUGGGAGAAUUCCUUGAAGCUUGCCAAAAAGUGCCCAGAAUGCCAAGCGGAUACCAAGAGAAGACACUUGGCCAUAUCUUACUGGCCGGAUUCCCCCGUGAAAGACACAUAGAGUGAACACAUGAACUGCUCAACCGCAUCUACAGACUCUUGUGUGGAAGAGGAACAACAAAAGUUGUCAGCUUUCCCAGCUCCCCCCCCCCCCUUGAGGUUCCUCUUCUCUUAAGAGAAGCCACCAUGGUCUUCAAUGUUACCAUUCCCCAGAUAUUUGAGUCACUCAAGUGCUCCUGUCAGUUUCAGUCAAUCCAGAGGCAUUUAAAUCAGAGUUAACAUUUUAUUAUCUUUUUCUAAUGAUGCCCUUUGCAGUGAGGCCGGGUACCACAAAGCCUAUUGUCUUUAUUAUGAGAAAAUUAAAAUACGGACUUUUGUAA